CAUUAGUCAACAUUCAGAGGCAACAAAGAGAUGAUCUCAUGUCUUAUCAAUUAACUUUCAUUCUUACGUCACGAUUUCAUUGAGUAUGUUUAGAAUAGUGGAAGCAAGGAGAUGCCUGUCAUGGCCAACUGUUUAUCCUGUGAAGGUCCAUGAGUACUCUGUACGGCGAUCUGUGAGCCUGCCACUGCUGGUGGAUGGUGUGGAAGAUUGUCAGCCACGCUACCAUGGAGCCCAGAGAUGCCUCUCUCCUGCUCUCUCCAUCUCGUCGUCAUUGGCCUCAUCUGAGGACUUUAUGACCGCAUGCAGUCGGCUGUCUGCAUGCUCUUCCUUCGCUCUGUCCCUCAGCAGCUCCUUGGAGUCCAUUUCUGCAUGCAGUCGGCUGUCUGCAUGCUCCUCUCCUGCUCUGUCCCUCAGCAGCUCUUUGGGCUCCGAGGCCCUCAUGUCCGCCCGAAGUGAGGUGUCUCCUACACUCUGCCCCUCCCCUGCUGUCUCGCGAGCCUGCACCCCUCUGAUGGACCCCGCCAUGAUGCGCCAUGCAGCACUUUCCACCAACUCUGUGUUUGAAGUCACACUCAGCAAACUGUGCAAGAUGGAGGCAUGCAGAGAGGACAAAGCCUCAGCUCAGGGAGAACAGGAGGAAGUGAAUGAAGUGGAGGAGAAGGAGAAAAAGGAGAAGAAGAAGGCAGGAAGAAUGAAGAGAUGGAGAAGGGCAGUGAGGAGGGUAGGCCAUUUCUUCUGCUGCUGCUGGGGGAGGAGAGUGGAGGAGGAGGAGGAGAGAUGAGGAGGAGGAGGUGGAGGUGGAGGAGAAGAGAUGAGGAGAAGGAGAGAGAUGAGGAGUAAGAGAGAAGAGGAGGAGAGAGAUGAGGAAGAGGAGAAAAGAGGAGAGAGAUUAGGCAAAGGAAGAGGAAGAGGAGGAGGAGGAGGAGGAGGUGGAGGAGAAGAGAUGAGGAGAAGGAGAGAGAUGAGGAGUAGGAGAGAAGAGGAGGAAGAGGAGGAGAGAGAUGAGUAAGAGGAGGAGGAGAGAAGAGGACAGAGAUUAGGCGGAGGAAGAGGAGGAGGAAGAGAGAAGAAGACCCUUGAGCAGGCGUUGGUGGACCAGGUGGAGCCAAGGCAUGCCGUUGGUUCGAAACAAUUCCAGGUUGCGAGCGUAGCUCAGCCCCCUCCUCUCGAUCUCUGUGCAAAUCUCAGCCGUCAGGCUCGCUGUGGAGCACCAGGAAGCUGUUCGGCACAAUCCUCAUGCAGUAGCGCUUCGAGGGGUCCGUCUUCCGGAGGAGUGGGAAGAACUUUAUCUUCAGCUCCCCCAUGCCCAGCAGCAGUCAAGCAGUGACGUCAUGCCCGGCGUUGACCACCACCAGCUGCUUGCCCCGGGCGAAGGUCAUGGACAUGGGGUGGGAAACCUUUUUCAUUCAAUGGGCCACUUCAAAUUCCUACAAGGGCCGUGUCUGCCCAAACUGAGCUGUCUCCUACGCCCUGCUGUCUCGCUGGGGAGCUUGGCAUGAUGAGGAGGAGGAGAGAUGAGAAGAAGGAGAGAGAUGAGGAGGAAGAGGAGUAGAGAGAUGAUGAGAAGGAGAAAUGAGGAGGAGGAGGAGGAGGAGGAAAGAAGAGGAGAGAGAUUAGGAGGAGAGAUGAGGAGGAGGAGGAGGAGGAGGAGGGGGAGGAGGGAGAAGAGGAGGAAGAGGAGGAGGAGGAAAGAGAUGAUGAGAAGGAGGAAAGAGAUGAGGAGGAGGAGACCAGAACACACAAGACACACACACACACUACUACUACU